AGACUGUAAAUAUACAAUGAACUAUGAAUAGACUAAGUUUGGAACUUGCAGUGUCGUUCGGAAAUUACUUACAUCACACCGGAAAUGGCUCGUGCAUUUCAAAAUAUUUCAAGACAUUUUCACUUACAGUUUCGUCCAAAAGGGAUACCUAGCAAUGAUGUUGCACCCCAAGUUUGUUCAAAAUUGUUGCUAUCAUCAUCAGAAUCUCACCAGAUUCCCAGCAGAUGUCUCUCCAUUUUAUCGCCAUUGACAACCCACGUCCCUAGUGAUGGAACUUUACCUUAUAAGAAUACAAUACAUACAUCUGCAUUCACUAAUAGGAGUAAUAGAUCCAGUUAUGGGUUGAAAACGAAGGACAGAGACCUUGCGAAAAUACAAGACCCAGAAACACAAGAUGCCAAAGAUGUUGCUGAACAGAUAUCUAAUGUAGCCCAAGAUGAGCACACGCUGGGACGCCUCUUUGCUGUGGUUCAGGUGUUUGGAAAACAGCGCAAAGUCACCCCGGAAGACAUCAUCGUCGUGGAUAAUAUGAUGGAAGCUGAUAUUGGCGAUAAAAUAAGAUUAGAAAAAGUGCUUUUAGUCGGAAGCCAAGAUUUCACCCUAAUUGGCAGACCAUUACUUAGUCGCAAUAUGGUGAACGUCGAAGCUACUGUCGUAGAAAAAACGCUAGAAUAUGUUAAAAUAUUUUUCACAUAUAAAAAGCGAAAGGAUGUGCGAAAAAUGCGACUAACACGUCAAGGGCAGACAUUUUUACGAAUAAACAGUAUAGAAGUUAACUUAGAGACAUUACCAGACAUGAUUGGAAAACAAAAGUGAGAUAAAGACCAACAUAAGUUGUUGUUUUUUUUAUAAAAGGAUUGUGUGAAAGUUGCUAAAAAUAUCAGGUGGAACUAGCACCAUCUGCAGUGCCAAUAAAAUAAGACACUAAAUGAGGUACUCACUGAUGAAUUUCUAGAUACUGUACAUAAUUGGCAGUACCAAGGAACUUCUUGGAUCCAAUGGACCUUUAGGCACCAACAUAAUUCACACUAUCACUUUCAAUUAAC